AGGAACGCAGCAGCGCUCAGACCCGCAGCGCGUCGCCGGUGUCGAUCAUGCCUCUGUCCGGGAAAGUGGCUCUGGUGACCGGAGGAGCUCAGGGCAUCGGGAGGGCAGUGGUCCAGUCUCUGCUGAAGAGCUCGGCAAAGGUGGCCGUUGUGGACCUGAACAAGACGGUGGGGGAGCAGCUCCAGGCCCAGCUGGACGCCGACUUCGGGGAGGAACGGAGCGCGUUCAUCCAGUGUGAUGUCACAGAAGGCGACGCUCUGAGAGACGCCUUCCAGAGAACGGUGGACCAGUUUGGACGCCUGGACAUCGUCAUCAACAACGCCGGCAUCAACAACGAGAAGAACUGGGAGAAAACUAUCCAGGUCAACCUGACCUCAGUGAUAAAGGGAACCUACUUGGCCCUGGAGCACAUGAGCAAAGAGUUCGGCAAGGAAGGAGGAACCAUCAUCAACGUCCUCCAUGCAUUCCUCCACUCCCCCCAUCAGCCCGUCUACACGGCCACCAAACACGGAGUGAUCGGCUUCUCCCGAGCGAUGGCGGACGCCGCCGCUCAGGACGACUACGGCGUCCGCAUCAACGUCCUGUGUCCCGCCUUCGUCGACACGCCGCUGCUGCACACCGUGGAGGACGAGGACAACAUGGGGAAGUUCGUCAAGUUCAAGGACGACUUCAAGCACAGCAUGAACAAGUUUGGGGUUCUACAGCCGUCGCUCAUUGCUGAAGGGAUGAUGAGGCUCAUUUCGGACCCGAGCCUGAACGGCGCCGUGAUGAAGAUCACCUGCGCCAAGGGAAUCCACUUCCACACGUACGAACCCAUGUCGGCCUGACCUCCGACCCGCAGGAACCGCGACCCGAUCAGAGGUUCUGGAAGCUAAACUGGAGCCGGGUCCUCGUAGAAACCUCAGCUCUUUUGGUUUCAGAUGAUUGUUUUAGAGAAAUGUUGAAGAUGGUUCUGUUCUGCUUCCUGUUUGGACUCAGCAAAGCAGAACCGCUUCCUGUGGAAACCAAAAGUCUGGAAUCAGCUGAUUUGACCAGAACCAGAACCACAUGCUGAUGCGAAGAAAACGGUUCUGGCCUGGUUCAGUCAUGGACAACCAAACAGCUCCUAACUGUUCAGAAAUGAUCCGAUUGGUACCAGGUUCUGUUGAUACCAACAGAACCUGGUACCAACCUCAGGGUUUCUCCCAGUUUGUGUUCACCAGUUGCAUUGUGGUCCAAAUCUUUGCUUCGGUUCAUCGCGGUUCUGCUCAGCUCUCUGAAGGUCUCACAACAUUUUCAUCAGGUGAAGGCCUGGACUUUGACUAGGCCACUGCAGCACUUUGAUUCUCUUCUUCUUCAGCUGUGUUUGGAUCGCGGUUCUGUUCUGACCCAGUUCAGACUGAGCUUCACUUUGGACUCCAGAAUAGGUUUG